CGUACAAGUCACCCGGGAGUGCGCCAUCUUUAGUUUUACAGAUUGUAAAUGUUUCAAAUGAAACUUCAAGUUGACAUCGGAUUCUCAUUUAUUGCUUUCACCCUUCUUCAAAUUCGAGUAAAGGUCUAGCCCGCUCCAGGCUACCGCGUAUAUCGGUCAGUGGGAACGAAAAAAAAGCAGACGAGUGAAAGCAAACGAGCUUUUAAGAGUGUCUAGACGAAUGAGGUGCUGGAAUUUAAAUUCAAAUUUUCGGCGAUUUCUCAGCCAUCAGUUAAAAUUUUAGCCCAUUUCUCAGCCGAGGGUAAAAUUUGCAGAUCUCGCUCUCAGAAACACAUCUCAGAUAUAAGACACACAGUGCUGUGUGAAUCACAAAUCUGCCCUCGGAGUUGAACAAUUUAUUCACUCACCCUCCCCUCCCCUCCACACUACUCCUACCCGCCAGAGACCCUGGGAACGAGGUUGCUGUUGCUAGACUUGGGAUAUGACAAGAUGGCGGCAUGGAUUUUAGUGUUCAUUUGUUUUGACUGCCUUUAUUUGAAGAGUUUUGCGGAAGAGAUGUGAUCGAUCCUUUACAAAAAUGGUCUUCCAUAUAUGAAGGUAUGUGAGAUGCAAUGGAUCGCAGUUCAGCUGAAAAGUAUCACCUGAUAGCUCAACAAAGAGCUGAGCAGUUUAAGAUAGCUAGACGAGAGUCCCGCUGUACACGGGCAAGGAGCCAAGAUGGGCAACCUGUGGCAUAUGGGAAAGUGAAGGAAAGGGCAAAUAUUACUAGACAGUCCCGUGCGAUGUCAGAUCCUGAAAUACCUGGCACCCUUGUGAUAUUGAACGCUAAAGGUUUGUUUCAAGGAAAGAAUGGAAACUUGAAUAGACGGAGCAGUCUAGAAAGCAGCGCAGCUUCUGUUGACAUUAUGGAUAUGGACAUCAAUAGACCUCUGUUCUUUGAUCCAUCCCUCAAGAGUAAGGAAGCAAAAGUCAGUGAUUUAAAGAAGAAAUUUGAGGCUGUACAAAGUGAUAUUGCUGGAGACAAACGUGGAAUAACUGAGAGUGAUUUCUUGAAUCCACUUCACAAGGUAAACCAAGACUUGGCUUAUUCAAAUGAAACCUCAAAGAAAACAGUGAAGAAAAAGCUUGAAGAAGCACUAAAUAAUAAUGUCCCAGCAACACUAUCGACUUCAGCUUUGAAGGUGAAUGAACUGCAAACUCACAGUAUAACUGCGAAAGAAUCAGAAGCGAAGACUGAAAUGCCUACAAGACCUCCUCCGAGGGCUUUCACACGAGAUCCUCUCAAACGGCUUAGGGGUGAGUCAGACCCUAUGCCGCUUGAUGAAAAUAGAUUAUCCAGAGUGCAUGCUUUCCCCCAGGAGAGCUUAAGGGAAGAAGUUCAGGAAGAAAGUUCACCACAACUUGUUUCAGAAACUGAAAUAGCUGUCAGUGCAGAUGGUUGUAAUAGCACUGAAAAUGAUGAUGACGAUGAUGAUUUCGACACCGAUGAGUGGGACAGUGAUUUUGAUGAUGAUGAAGAGGAGGAUGAGCAGCAAAAACGUGACUCUCAGUCAAGCCAUGGCAGUUCUUGUGAUGCUGAGCCUCUUGAGUUCCCUGAUGCUGUAAGCAAGAAACUUUACAACAUUGCCAUGGAAAUUCUCACCACUGAAAGAGCGUAUGUUAGAAGGUUACAUCUCCUAGACCAGGUGUUUUACUUGCAAAUUAAUAACAAAUGUUGUGCUAAAGGAAUUCUGCCACUGGAGGUGCUUAAUGAUAUCUUUUCAAAUAUACAAGCUAUUCAUCAACUCCACAGGGAUUUUCUAUUGCCUAAAUUGGAGGCACGGAUGAAAGAAUGGGCUACCAAUAAUCAAAUUGGAGAUAUUCUCAAAGGACUGGCACCUUUUUUAAAGAUGUAUACACAUUAUGUGGGAAACUUUGACAAAGCAACAGAAACCUUAUCACUUUGGACAAAAAAGUCACCCAUUAUGGCAGCUUUGAUUGACGAGAUUCAAAAAACCAAAGAGUGUGAACAUCUAACACUUCAGCAUCACAUGUUGGAACCAGUCCAGAGAGUUCCCAGAUACCAGUUACUUCUGAAAGACUAUGUUUCAAAGCUUCCAGAAGAUUCUGGCGACUUGAAGAACACUUCGGAUGCUUUAGAAAUCAUCUCCGAAUCAGCUCGACAUGCUAACGACAGCAUGAAAAAGACGGAACGAUUCAAGAUUCUUUUGGAAAUCCAGGAUAGGAUAGGAGAGGACUAUCCACUUAUAACAGCCAGUCGUGUAUUUGUUAUGGAGGGGGAAUUUAGAAAAGUGGCAGCGAGAACAACAGACAGCCAUCAAGAAAGAACACUCAUGCUGUUCAACGACGUUCUUCUUUGCUGUGCUAAGUUUCCAGGGACAAACAAGUACAAGGUCAAAGUCGAAAUGGACUUGUUCGGUAUGGAAGUUGCUGACGUGGAUGAAGAACUCGAACUGGAGAAUUCCUUUCGCAUUGUCAGUAAACAAAGGGUCAUGGAUUUCACCGCACCGUCUGCCGAAGCGAAAGAGGCUUGGACAAGCAAGCUUAAGGAGACGGUGAACGAACUCACAUCGAAAAGAGAGAGUUACAGACGAGGGACUAAGAUUGAAGUCUUGACGGACGUGGAGCUGGGAAAGAAAGCGCCGGCCUGGGUCCGAGACGAAGCAGUGAGCAUGUGCAUGCUGUGUGACGUCAUGUUUACCAAAUUUCGGCGGCGGCAUCACUGUCGCGCCUGUGGGAGGGUGGUGUGCGGCAAUUGUUCAAGCUUUAAAGCAGCGCUUGAGUACAAGAAUGGAAAGCUUGAGAAGGUUUGCGAAAAUUGCCAUAAAAUUCUUGUGAAGGGUUCGAGCGAAGCCACGGUUAAGGAAACAGAGGGUAAAGGACAUAGCGUAUUAAAAAUCGGAGAUGAGUCCAAGAUCUGGCACAGUGGAUACUUGAAUCACAAAAUGAAAGGCGAUAAGGGCUGGCAGAAGAGAUGGUUUGUGUUGUCCAGCGACUUUGUUCUUCUGCGGUACAAGGCCAAGAAGGACACUAAAGCAGAGUUUAACUUGCCUCUUCCUGGUCACAAUGUCGACAAACCAUCCUUGGCAGAUGAUGUGGAUCGCAAAAACGUGUUUAAAGUACACCACAAGAAUGUCAAGGUGUUUUUAUUCGAGGCCGAGAGUGAGUACAGUAUGAACAGAUGGAUGGAACUGUUGGCAUAUGCGAUCAAGGCUGAGGCGAUUGACGAAGAACAGCUUGGACGACCUCACAGCGAUAGUGUAGAGUAGACAAAUAAUCUUAGUAUUUUAAAAAAUUACAAGUCAGGGAAUUUUAUAUAGAACGGUCGCGAAAUGUGGGAAAACGUAAAUUAAAAAAGUCAAAACUGUAGCUUUUUCAUAUUUGGAGUUAAUAUUGUAUAUGGGAAGUUUAAUGCAAACAUAACAUGAAACAAAAUUUAAUAUCAGAUAGGUAGUAAAACGUAGUUUAUACCAGGAAACAGCCAGUAAGUUUGGAUAACCCUUAAUAAUUCGCCGUAUUUCACAGGCUAUUUUAGCAACGGUGUAUUUCGCAACAUAAUUAAUUUGCCGCUUGUUACAAGGCGAUGGGAUAAAAUUAUUAACAAUGCCUCUCGGUAUACAAUGGACAUAGUGGAAAAAAUUCAGAGAUUCGUCAGAAACGGCACCUUGAUCUUCGGACAAUCUUUGGAACUUUUCGAAAAAGAAUUUUGAAUCGUCGAUCAUUUUGAUUAACUGUUCAAGUGAACUGAGCAAAUUGUUUCAGGGUGGGUAGACAGUCAGCGUAAAACGAAGACUGCAUGCGGCCUGCAGACUGCAGACUGCGAACCGGAGGUAAAAUGCAGAAAGAGAGUAAACUGCAGACUGCAAUAGCACGCGAAAAUGGGUCUGAGUUCGCAGGCUAAUAACAUGCACACUGCAUACCAGGGUUAAAAUACAGCCUGCAGACUGUAGACUUUUUAACUGAACCGUGUUGCCAUUUCCAUCAUUGAAAGCUGACCGUAAACAGGCUAGCCGGAGCGUUAUUUGGGCUAACUGGAGCGCUAUUCAGGCUAACCUGUGUGAUGUUUUGGCCAACCAGAGUGGUAUUCAAGCUAACCGGAGUGAUAUUCAGGCUAACUGGAGUGCACACUUUUCACUACGAUUACCCUGAAAAACCCUGUUUAUGGUCAGCACUCGAAAAUGGAAAUAACACGAUAUACGCUUAAAAGGUCCCAAGUCCGUAGUCUGCACUUUAACCUCAGUCUGCAUUUUACCCCCAUGUCUACAAUCUGCAGUCCGCAGUCCGCCGUCUGCAGUCCACCGUCUCCGUUUACACUGACCGCAUGAGAUAAUGACGUUACACGGUGUUUAUACUCGUGGUUUACAGUAGAUGUCCCACGAAAUACCUUUCGAAAGCAUGGCUGACUAGCUUGAACAUUUAUUUUGGUAUCAUUAGUAGAGAACUUUCAUUUUUUUCUAUGGACAUCACAAAUUUCAUAUAUAACUUUAAAAAAAAAAUCGGUCAUUCCUUUUUCAGGAAACAUGAAAUUUCAUUGGGUGUCAAUGUCUUUUAAUGACCCAACCUUGACAAUUUUAGUUUAUUUUAUACGACUGUAAUUGCCUUUCUGGAAUCAAUAUGCACCUUGCACCUUUUUUUUAAAUAAAGCAAUAAUAAAGCAACAGCAAUAAUUUUGCUGUUGUACAUGAACUCGCAGCCGAGGAUAUAGCAAUCAAGUAUAUUUUUAAGAAAUGGAGUUCUUGAUAAUAUUUUUAUUUUUUUUUUGUAUAAAAUGUGUUUCAGAAGAGUUAAUUUAAAGAACAUUUUAAAGACAUGAAGAAAUGUCCAUUUAGGAGGGGUCAUAGAUCUACCUAUAUAUUUUUGUGCAAUGUGUUUGAGUCGUUCUUUGUCACGUCUCAUCCCAGGGAAACGUGCAUAAAUAAAAUUUUGUCACCAGAAAUUA